AUGGCAGACGAAUUAAAUUCCAAGAAACUCUCACUCGAUGGCCAUGGCCUCUCUCACCACACUGAAGACAUAACAGCAGACAGAGAACCAUAUGGCCCACCUGGUCUACAAGGGCUGGUAACUAACCCAUUCGUGUUGAUGUGUGCAGCAUGCUCGACACUUGGUGGUUUGCUCUUUGGCUAUGACCAGGGUGUUGUAUCCGUGAUUCUGGUAAUGGACCAGUUUCUAGAAGAGUUCCCGCGAGUGUCAGGUUCAGGAGCUGGGUUCUGGAAGGGACUGUUAACGGCCAUGAUCGAAUUAGGUGCACUUAUCGGUGCAUUGAACCAAGGAUGGAUUGCAGACCUCAUUUCUCGACGGUACUCUAUCCUGGUUGCGGUGGCAAUCUUUACCGUUGGUUCGGUUCUGCAGACUGCUGCUGUUGGCUAUGCUAUGUUGACUGUGGCGAGAUUCAUUGGUGGGUUGGGCAUUGGCAUGCUAUCUAUGGUUGCGCCGCUAUAUAUUUCAGAAAUCAGCCCUCCUGAAUCCCGGGGAACAUUGCUGGUCCUCGAGGAAUGGUGCAUCGUGCUUGGAAUUGUCAUUGCAUACUGGAUCACGUACGGCACACGGUACAUGGCUGGUGAAUGGGCCUGGCGUCUUCCAUUCCUCCUGCAGAUGAUUCCCGGCUUCGUUCUUGCAGCUGGUGUAAUGAUCCUUCCCUUCUCGCCUCGGUGGCUUGCUUCCAAGAAUCGCAACGAGGAGGCAUUGCAGAGUCUCUGUAGAUUGCGCAAUCUGCCAGCAUCUGAUAGACGCAUUCGACAGGAGAUGUUGGAAAUUCAAGUGGAUGUUCGCUUUCACCAGGAGUUAAAUGCUGAGAAACAUCCAAACCUGCAAGGCGGAGGAUCAAAGAACUCGAUUCUUCGAGAGCUUGUCUCUUGGGUCGAUUGCUUUCGAAAGGGCUGCUGGCGACGAACUCAUAUCGGUAUCAUGAUGUCAUUUUUCCAGCAGUUUGUUGGUAUCAAUGCCCUAAUAUACUAUUCACCCAGUCUUUUUGGAACAAUGGGCCUUGACACUGACAUGCAGCUGAUAAUGUCUGGCGUGCUUAAUGUGCUUCAGCUCGUUGGUGUUUCGACAAGUGUGUUCACCAUGGAUACUGUCGGUCGUCGCAAACUUUUGAUGAUCGGUUCGGCUCUCAUGGCAAUGUCACAUAUCAUCAUUGCUAUUCUUGUUGGUCUCUAUAGCUCUGAAUGGUCAACACACAAGGUAGAGGGCUGGGUUAGUGCGGCUUUCUUGCUAUUUUAUAUGAUUGCAUUCGGUGCUUCUUGGGGUCCUAUCCCUUGGGCAAUGCCGUCUGAAAUAUUCCCUUCUUCUCUCCGUGCCAAGGGUGUGGCCCUAUCGACCUGCUCCAAUUGGCUCAAUAACUUCAUUAUCGGCCUCAUCACUCCACCUCUUGUCGAAGACACAGGUUACGGUGCAUAUGUAUUCUUCGCCGUUUUUUGUGUGCUUUCCGGUAUUUGGACUUACUUUUUUGUGCCCGAAACGAUGGGGCGCUCUCUGGAAUCGAUAUCCAUGAUUUUCAAAGACAAUUCUGGCGGGCAAGAGAUGGAACGGAGACGUGCUAUCGAAGCCGAUUUAAUUAGUGCCGAGUUUAUAUAG